CUGUCGCUUGGCAACCGCUGUCCAAUAAGAAGUGACCUUCAUGUUUAAUGAUUCGAAAAGAAUAAAUUACUUUAUUCAAGAGCAUCGUUGUUACAAACAUCUGAUGAGAAUUUUAUGAUCAGGCAGUUUAUACGUUGAGUCCUUGAUCAAGAAUCUCUUCUAAACAACAAGAGACUGAGUCAAUGAAGUUCAUUUCCCUUGCUUCUUGAGCUGAAAGCGGCGAAAGUCACAUCGCAGCUGUUUUUCAUUGUAUUCCUUCUUGACUUCAAGUGAGCAGCAAAAAUAUGCCAGAGGAAAGAGGAAUAACUUCUCCCGUGGCAAGCAACGUGAAAAAUCCACCAUGGGGAACAGAACCACAGACGCCUGGAACAGGUUUGUACAAGAUAUCGGCUGGCUUUACCCACGAAACCUUUAUAAGUGAACUCUAAGCUCGAUUGUCAAAUGCUAGUGCGGGCAUGACGACCGUAUGUGUCAUUGCCAGUGUGCGAAUUAAUCCAUCUAAUUAUAUUGAUUGUUUGUUGAUUUACAUUUAUAGCGUCUGGAAUAAGAAAGAAGCAGUUUCCAUGGACGACUUAUGCCAGAGAUUAUGUUGGCGCUUCUGGUUCACCAGCGUAUCCACAAAGGUAAAAUAUACUACUGCGCUGGGAUAUCAAUGAAUAAACGAUCAAGCUCCAAGCGUAACUUGAAAUGUGACGCUAAAAUAAGCGGAUGUCAUGUUAUACAUGUAUACCCGUCCGGUACUGUUUACUAAUAUAAUCCGGUUAAUUACUUCUUUCUUUUUACUUCGGUAAAUUUUCUGUUUCCCAUUUAUAAUAUUCUGUAUGUUACGGCAGUAUAACGAGCAUAUUGGGAGUCGCUCGCGGCAAGCAUACGUAAUAUGAUCUAAUUUUAGUUACCUUUGAGCCGGUAGAGAAUCCCAGUGAUAAAGUGAAGUGUCUCAAUAACUCUGAGCAGCGCUGUCUGAGUGUCUUUAGAGUCGUCUUCUUGGUCAUGGCUUUUGCCUAAGUAUUCCGAAACUAAGUUACGAGACCCAUUUGAGAAACUGUUACACUUCUUGAUCCAUAUUAUGCCCUACUUUGCCAAAAUCGUGACUUCAAACUCUAAACGACACCUUUCAACUUCCUCUUACGCUGAUGGUCACUUCAGUGAUUCAUCCCCAGUCACGCACGUGAAAUCCGUGAAGAACUGCACAAGCACCAAACGAAACCUGCGGGUAAACACCACCUCUCGCUCAAAUAUUAGGGCAAAUUCAUGCCGGCUUUUCAGGUUGAAUUUUUAUCUAACACUUUUGCUCGUAAAAUUAAAGCAAAGCUGAUGAAUCCAUAAGUAACUGCAGGAGCCUGUGACCCUAGUGAUGGGCUCCUGGCAACUGCAAAGGGAUCGGGGUGACCUUGAGUUUCAAAAUUACAGUUUGAGGUGAACAAUGAGACUGAGAAACUUUCGAGUACCUCAGGGAAAAAAAACUGCUUAUGAUUUAAACAGCUCAAUUCAGAAAAGUUCACGCCGCAGACCUAGAAACACCUAAAACACGCACUAAGAAGCGUCUUAGCUUGUACAGCGAAAAUAAAAAUCAUCAAACAAAGGUAUAAUUCAGUAAGCCUAUGAAUAGUCUUACAUUACGAUUCAUUGAAUCUACAGACACGAAAUUUGGUCAAAUUUAGAACCACCUGCGCAUGCACAGCAAGGCUGAGUACCGCGGAGACGCAUAUAAGGAGACAAUAGAAGGUCUUUCAACAGGCUGUAGCACUGUUACAUGUAUUUACAGACUUCACAGCUCGAGAUCACAUAAUAUUUAUUGACUCCAAGUAAGAGUGCAUGGUUCUCUCUUGCUCCUAGUCAACAUAACUAACUGUUUAACCUACGCAUUCUUUCAUUUUUUUUUUCUCAGAAUGAGGACCGCUGAGCACCUCCCAUCUGGUUGGCCUUUUGAGUCCAGUCAUUACAAGUCCACAUUCAGAACCCCUCAGUUAGGUUACUGUCGUCACAAUGUGUAUCCUUCAUCAGUUCAUCGAAAGAACAACCCACACGCUGCCUUGAUCGACCCUUACCAAUAUCCAGACAAGGUAAUUACUCAGUCCAAACCAGAUUUAACCAGAUCUUACACCACGGCAGCUUUACUGCAAAGCGAGAAGUCCCCGAACCCCGAUCCCUAGGACGUCGAGACCGGAAACCAGCUUAGGGUCUAAAAAUAGCUGAGAAAUCAGUGAAGGCAAUGCCUUUACCCUGGAAAUGGCUAGGCCUUCGAGUAGCUCGGAUGCCCACGUUGAUGUGGCGUUCCCUGGCGGGUAAAUAAAAUACGUCUUCUAGAUGAUAAAGAAGGUCGACCAAGGGGAUAGUGAUAUACCCUUAGACCCGGAAAAGAUUUGCCAGUGUACACCAAGCUCGCACUAUAUGUUCUGCUUGUUUACUAUGCUUUCCUCUGUCAAUGCAGCAAUCUGAAGGUAGAGAGCAACGAUUAUAAAAAAUCAAGCCUAAUAAAUGUCAAUUAAAGUAGGCACUUUCUAGUUGGACCUAAUUAGUAGACCCGGCUUUUAAGCGCUUUUUUCAGCACUCAAAAGCUAAAGAAAUGAUCAUGCCGUCAAUUCAAUAAAGAAAUCCGCUGUCUGAAAAAAAGGCCAGAUUCAUGCACAGCGCCACAAUUCUUGUAGCUCGUGACUAGAUUCUAACCGUCAGCUUAUUUGUUAUUAUACUCUUUGUAGUCAUACGUGGUGUGGAAAAACAACCCGUCACUAAAUCUCCCGCCCAUCCGGGAAUCGCAGUCUGCGCCGAACAUUCUACAACACAACAAAAACCGCUGGUUUACAACGACGUAUAACUCAGUCUUCAAUGCGAAACCACUAGGUAAGGGAAACUGCCAUUAGACAGCAGAGCAAUGUAUUUGGCAGCUAGCAUGGUCCGGCCUCAUCGCUGUGAAGCCUUAAGCUCUGUUUCUUGUUAUAGGCUUCACUAUUAGGCUUUAUAUUCCUUAGCCUCCCACGCAGACGUUCUUAGGGGUUCGUCACUGGGCAGGAACGCGUGACGAACCCCUAAGAAUGUCUGCGUGGGAUGCUAUAUAUUCCUUCCCUUGCUUCCAAUGUCUAUUUCCGGGGGGGCUGCUCUAAAAGAAUGAAAUUUGUUAAAACUUCCCUCAAAGGCUGCUGCGCAAAGGCACCAAGAAUUCGCCCAUGGCCGUCAUCGAACUUGCCAUGCGGUAGAUGUUUCCAGCUCGUGCGGAUACUCAACAGCGAGUCGAUGUCAUCGAUCGCGGGUUCAGUAAGUGCGUCAUCUUCGUCGAGUUCUUCUGGCGAGGAGUUUCUCGUUCCCUUGGCGAGGGCUCCUGAAGUAGAUUUAAUCGCCAUGGGCCACCAUGGGGGAAAAUCUGAACGCUUUGGUUGCGCGCACAUGUGUCAGGUGGCUUCUUAGCGACACUGACCAGUAGAAUCUCGUUUUGUGGGCGUGGCUUAAAAACGUUUCACUCCUAAGUUCAGGUAGAACCGUACCCUACGAGCAGAGGUCUAUCUCUAGCAUAGCUUUUAGCGUUUACGAAGUCGUUCGCGUGGCUUGUCUGUCGCGUAGUUGGUUUGUUUCACCGGGCGUAAACAAACCAACCACGCGACACCACAAGCCAUGCGAACGACUUCGUAAACGCUAAAAGCCAUGCAAGAGAGAAAUCCGCUCUGCUCGUAGGGUAGUGGACCGAUUCAAAAGCAGCAGGAGCCCAUCCUGAAAGCAGCAGAUUAAAUCAACUGGCGCUGAGUAAGCUUGAAUUUUCCACAAGGUACCGCGAUAACGCUGGUCAUUCUAGAUUUAGAAACUGGCUCAAUGGUACCAGUCGACGACAAAUUUAACCUUCCCCCUAAACAUGGUUGCAACAACUACUCCCAUCAAUUUUGUAUCUAAAUCAUUAGACGCCAUGAAAGAAACUCCAUUUAACAAGCUAAAGGUUGGAAACUUACUGUUUUAAAAGAAAUCACGAGUAAUGUACGAGUACCAAUCUUUGGGUUCACGUCUGUUUUACAAUUUCAGAACUUCCAAACUACAAACCAAGAACUGCAUGGAAAACAGAUCGCUUCAGGCCGAACUCCAAAGGUAGGUUGGUACUUGGAAGAGAAAUUUCUUUUCCUUCUCUCUAGGAAGAAUGCGCAGAUAUAUGUUACUGCACUGAGUUAAUUAAUUCACUCGAGAGCUCCGUUUUUAUUUCCGGAGGCGCUAGUUAAAGACACUGGAAUAUGACGGGAAAAUGCACUUGUCCGUGGUUGAGACUCGAACAUUUGUCUCGCAAAAUUGCCACUUUAAAAUUUCGUUAAUCAAUAUGGGUUCUGUUAUAAUGGCGUUCUUAAUCCUGUGUUUUUAUCAAUGCUAUAAAAUUUAUUCCCUUUCUGCCCUACGAAACCUUUGGCAUGAGAAUGAGUCUAGUUUGGCUGUGAGGAGUAUAAAAUGACGUGUUUUAGCGUACAAGACGUCGAAUAAUUUGCUAGCGUGUAUCACAUUUGGCUCAAGGAUAAUACUUAAAAAUAAUAUCAGUUUUGCUAUGGUUUAUGUUUCUAGCCCAGACCCCUGCUCUUCACUGGCAGACCGAGUACACCCAUGACUAUAGAGGAGCCCGGGGAAAACCAUCUACAACUGAACGGUGAGUGCAGUCUCAGCAGUCAAGAACUCUGUCGGAUGUGCCAAUUGCAGCCCCUUGACUCUGUGAUGUCAAAUCAUAUUCGCCCGAGUCUGGCCAAAGACCUUUUCACUGACUUUAGCAAUCGUCGAGUGCCCGUACAAAAAUAUAAACCGGGGAGGAUUUAUUGACCGCUUGUGAGAGGGGUGGGGGUGGGCCAAAGCACGGUCGGUGAAUUUCUCGAAAAAAAAACUGUUUCAGGCCACAAACCAGAACUCGAUGUCAAUUUCUGUGUCUAUUGGAGUUUUCUAGUUGGACGGGGAGUUGAGCUCUGCACAACCACACAAAUCCAUUAUAUGGGAGAGCGAGACCCUAACCAAAACCUCCGCCUGAACGCGAGUCAAACGACCUGAACACUCGUGACCUUCCUCCCCCCCCGACCCCCCGGCGUUGAGGCAGUUACUCAUUGUUAUGCCAUCUUGCUUUCUUAUUUCAGACCCUAUGAUAUGUCCUGGAGCAACCUCAACAUGUGAUGUCAUUCAAGACAGUGUUAUGUGUUUGAACAACAGAGCAGCGACGAAGUCGUAAAUCAAAUAAAUAAUAAGUUGAAUUUGAGAAUGUAGAAUAGCUUUUAUUUGAACGGCUGAACAGUUUGUACUUCCUGUUAAUUGAAUUUUAGAAAAUUAAUAAUUGUUUGUAAUAUGUUAAAGAAAGGCUUUGUGGGUGUCAGUUUUGUUCUUGUGUCCUCCCUUGCCCUUCUCCGCACCCUGCAUCAAUGUAAAAUUAUGCGGAUAGAAUUACUCGAUUGUACAAAUUAUUUUUUUGAAUGUUACAGUGCUAUGUUUAGAAGUCAAUAAAAGUUAGAAACCGUCCUUUUGUCAAAAUUAGUCUCCUUCUAUCUGAAAAACUAAAUAUAUAAACCCAAGGGAAUCUGGCCAACAGUUCGGGAUAAUUUUGAAUCCAAAACUUUUUCUUUCCGGAUUAAAAAAUUCUUACGUCCACACGUUUCCGGUAUGCAAAUCGAAUUUGCCCGUCCACACGUAUCCGACACGUAUCCGGAUUCACUCUCGUACCCAGAACUCCUCUGAGAAUAUUGGCAACAGAGCAUGCGUCGUAAAGCGCGCGAAAUUUGCACCUUGCUCUGCCUUGAGAGCACCUGGGAACGAGGUUGUCAUCUUGAAUACAGCAUUCACGGUAAAGAACUGGGCUCGAUCUUGCUAAGUCACCGGAUAAAAUAAUAUCCGGAUUUAGCGUGCACACGAUUCCGGAUUCAAAGCGUUUCAUAAAAAAUUUCCACUCUAGAGAGCGGAUUCGCAUGCCGGAUUCACCGGAAACGUGUGGACGGAAGCCGUAUCCGGAAAUAAAAAUUGCAGAUUUAAAAAUAUCCGAAGAGAUGGGGGGGGGGGGGAGCUCAGAUGUGUCGUCACAGUGUCGUUCAGUUCGAGCUCGCUAGUAGCGUUAUCACGCAAAACGUUUCGUGAUAUGGGACGAUUUCGAAUUCGUUGAAAACCGAUGGUUUGACGGAAUACGCGCGACAAAAAAGACUAGACAUGCAUAUGACUAUUGGUCAAAUCGUCUGGGGGAUAUUGAACGUGCAAUUUGGAAAGAACGCAUGAUAAUAAUCAUUGUGUUCUAAUGGUACACAUUUACAACUUAUUAGGUACAAAUGGACUUUUAAUUGUCAAUUUUAUUAUAUUGAUUUUAAAUAUCUCUGGUCAUGGAAAAUGAAAACUUAACCAAGGUUGGCUGAGGUUUUAACUGUACACUCAGCUAAACCAAUUCAUGAUAAACCAGUACGCUUUUUUCUGCUUGUACGUAGCCGUCUUGCAAUGCCCAUUGUUUCUUUUUCCUUCAGUUUCUUCUUGGUGGCAAUGAUCCCUAACUUAUACCAAAUAACGCAAAGCAAAAGAUCAAAACGACACCCACACAAUAUUAGCUAUAACCAACACUGACAUUUCUGCAAAACCAACUGACAUCCUUUUCGGUAUUUUCACAAAGUUCUUUGUUUUUGUUCUAGUUACAAAACUAGCACGGUAUAAGUCGUAACUUGAAGGAUCAUUGAAUUGUGAUAUUGUAUAGGUAUGUAGAACAGUGUUAAAAAAAAAUACGUAAGCAGAAAUUAAGACCAGAACAAUGUUAACGCAUUGAUCAAUCGAUAUGUUCUUCAAGUCUAAAUUAUGAGUUUGUUUUAUCUGGUCUAUGAAUAAAUCUCAAAUAAUUUUCUCAUUGCCCGCGUUAUUAACCGGCUAAUUGCACGUUUACACCUCUUCGGCCGUCGCUGUAUUUACCAUCUCUCAUUCUGCAUUUCAAAUUGAUUUUCAUUUCCCUAAGGAAUUAUUUUAAAAGAUGUAAAUUAAAAACACAAAUCAUUUCAUUACUCCGCUUAAACAACACAUGUGUUGUUAAGUGAGUCCCGUGUGAUCUUCAUUAAUCAAGCAGCCAGUUCCUUAAUCGCAAUGUUAUCGCAACACUGAGUGAAAUACCUCUCAAAGGGCAUGGCGUGCGCCUAGAAAAAGGCAAGAAACGCAGAGAAGGAUGCAUAAAAUUCAUACUUUGUCCACUAAUUAUGUUUUCAGAGGAGAAGUUGAAGGUAUGUCUCACAGUUUCUGUAAUGGAGGCAAAUAUAUUCGAGGCAGUUUGACUGCGCGUGGGUCUAAAAAUUCACGUCACCACUCUUGAAGGCAACAUUGAUUUUUAUAUCUAUUGCUCCCUCCUAAAACUCGAGUGACCACUCGAGGAUACGUCUAUUCCGUAAACAAGAUGAAGUUCUGUUUAUUACACUAAUUUGUUAACUCCAUUUAAAUGAAUGUUCCUGUUUCUAAGGGAAGAAAGCGUGAAACUUCUCAGCCUUUCUUCACACAACCCAAUAUAACUUUAUCAUAAUUAGCCAGUAUUUCACACGUAAUCCUGUAGUUGAAUCAAACCUGUUAUGCUGACAAGAUCUCUGAUCAUUCCCCGACGGUUCCGGAUCACGGAGAAUACGAAAUUAUACCAAACAAUAACAAGUCUCCAUGAUCUACUGAAAUAUAAAUAAACCCUCUGCGCCGAAUGGAUAGUUUAUGGUCUUCGUAACUUGUUAACAGUGUGAACCGAAGUAUAAAAAAGGAUUGCUCCUCUGUUUGCACAAAUUAUUCCCUUUGAUUUGUACAGAUUAUAAACAGAUUUCUUUGCUACGGAUGUCAAAAAAACUAUCAUUUGAGGUUUUGGAAGUAAAAUAAACAUUUGCCAUGUUUACUUAGGCUCUUCGGUAAGAACUCAAUAUAUUGUCGCUAUAGCGAUAAUUUAUUCCCCCCGUGCUUAGCCUGUGUACAGCUUUUUGGGCUACCCGUGCGUAACCCCAUUCGCACGCAUCAGCAUGACUCAGUGAACUUUCAACGGUCAAAGUGAAUUUUAUUUUCCGUUUUGGUACGCAUACUGUCAAUGGAAGCUGUGGAUCAUGAGCACCGCUGUGUUCUCAGGUUUGCACAAUAAAUAUCUCUUAACCCCUUUAUUUAACAUUGUUCCCCGAAAUUAACCCCUUCACUGCCAGAGUGUUUGAUGGAGUUUUGUAAGGCGAGUCUAACUUUUGAGUCUGCAGACGAAAUCCUAUGAUGUGACCAUUCAAAUAAAACCUCUAUGCCUGUACUUUUACAUGAUGCUAUUUGUUUGUCAAAAUUUUAGAAAAUGAAAUCUGGAAAUUUGGUCGAAAUUUGCGUUUGGCCACAUUUGGAAGUGAAAGGGUUAAGAAAAAAAAUACAUAUUUUGUAAAACUAAGAAUAUUGUUGACUAAGAGGUUUCAUUUGAAUGGUCACAGCAUAGGGAAGGCAUUUCCGUAUGGACUGCGGGAGUGAUAGGGGAAAGGUCUUAAAUGCUUAAAGUCUUGUUAACUGUAAAAUGAACUAUGGGCAACUGGGUUUGCAGUUGACAAGCUCACCAGUACCUGGACGAUGCUUUUUCUUUCUUUUAAUUUCUUCAGUCGAUUUAUCUAUUCAGAGUAGCGAGGAAUCUUGAACUUCAGUUCCUAGUUGCUUUCGGAGACCGAAAUCGUGACGUAAAUGAUAAUAGAUAUAAAAGACUGAACUAUUUGAAGCAUCGUUGCGUUUCGUUUAAAGGUAAUAGUUUACUAGGCAAGCGUACUACAUAAAGAUAAAUGAACAUAUAUGUAGUGCUAGUAUUUGUAACUACAACCAUAAGAUGGGAUGUACUUAAACACCCAGAAAAUAAACUUUGCUUCACCGAAACUCUAUAUCGAUUCAACAAGCAGUAAAAGUUUGUUUGAAACGUGUUUCACGCAGGAAAUGAGUGAUAACAUAUUCCAACGUCGUUUUUUACGGGAAAUGUUAAAAUGCCUAGAACAGAGUUAUGCCACAUCUUGUUAUGACCUUUUCUUUUCUUUUCUCCCCUUUUUUGCCCGUCAGAACGAUCGACACACUUUUACUAAGGAGAAGGAAAGGAACGAUAUCAACCUAUCGAACGUGGCCUUGCACAAAGACGGAUAGUGGUAACUUAAAUGACCAACUUUUGUUUUUUUUUUCUUGCAGCUGCCAAAGGAAUUUUAUCCUUACCCACUGUCACGGAACAAAAUGA